ACCCCUCCCCCCUGGGUACUUUAGUCACGUGUUUAUUGAUGAAGCGGCACAAGCAAUGGAGGCUGAAACCAUUAUUCCUUUGUGUCUUUGUMUUCCUUCAACAAGGGUGGUCCUGGCUGGAGAUCAUUUGCAGCUUGGUGCAAUUGUAGACUCGCCUGUAGCACGCCGUUUGGCUUUAGACCGUUCACUUCUCGUACGUUUGUAUGAAUAUUAUCCCUCUACUUCAAGCUGCAAGCUACUUCUUCUAGAAAACUACCGUGCUUAUCAAGAAAUCGUCGACAUUCCCUCUAAACUCUUUUACGAAGGUACCUUGGUUKCGCACAAGACCAGACCCCCAUCGUCCAUUUACCCAGUCCACUUCUACGGCGUCCUCGGCAAAGAGGCGAGAGCACCUGACAUACCYUCCUACUAUAAUAUGGCCGAGGCAGCGGAAAUUAGCGAAAGGGUCGAAUGGUUGGUUAACGAGUGGCUAGUUGAUGCGGAGGAUGAUGGUUCUGUUGAGGAGAGUAUUUGUGUGUUGGCUCCAUACACAGCACAGGUUCGAGAAAUCCGCCAGCUUCUUCGUAAAAAGAGUUUAGGACAAGUAAGGGUGGAGGGCGUGAAUAAUGUGCAAGGGUUGGAGUUCGAUGCUAUAUUCAUAAGUACCGUACAUACAACCUUUUCAAUGACUGUGGAGACACUAGACCGCCAAGACAUGGGCUUCCUGUCUGAUCCCAGGCUUCUAAACACAGCCGUAACGCGCGCCAAGUAUCAACUGGUGUUCGUUGGUGACCCCAAUGCAUUAUGUGGGGCUGGCGACUGUAAAGUGUGUUGGAAGACAAUCCUAAGCAAGUGUAACGAGAAUGGAACAUUCAACUAUCGUCUGUCAUUCGAUAAGAUCAUUGAAUACACCAAGGCACCAAACCAGAAUGACAUAGAUAAUGAAACAAAUGACUCAAACAAAACACACGCUGAAAACAUUGAGUCAAUGCCAUCUGCCCAACCAUACCUGACAGCUACGGCAGCAACACCAGAAAAAGCCCCAGUUGCAGCAGCUCCACAUUCAUCUGCUCAAAGUCCAAACGUAAGGCCGCCAUCUUUUCCUGAUUCUGUUCCUAAAUCCACUUUUCCAAGUCCAAAAGUUCCARCUCCAUCCGUUCCUGGUCCUACAUCUCCAGGACGUCCGUUGCCAGGCUCUUCUUUCCCAGGUCCAAAGGUCCAGGUUCCUUCGCUCCCAGGUCUAACUCAAAGCCCAAACUUCAGAGUCUUAUCUUUUCCUGAUUCUGUCCACAAUUCCACUUUUCCAAGUCCCCAGGCUCCAGUUCCCGCAAUUCCUGGUCCUACAGGUCCAGGACUAUUAGCACCAAAAUCGUCUGCUCCUGGUACAAAGGUCCAGGGUCCAGCAUUUUCAGGUCCAGCAGCUAUUUCCAUGGCGCCAAGCAACUCGGUGUUUCAGACCAUGGCCCCAAGGCCUGGAUUAGUCAAUCAGCUGCUACAGCCAGCKUUCAAUUACAGGCCCAUGCAGCCUAUGGUAGACCCUAGUGGGCGGCUAGUGUAUCCUACUAACCAGAUAWUUCAAGGGCAAAGUGUUCCUGUAAUACCAACAGCACCGGGUGUUCAAUUCACAACACCCGUGUUCACAUCAGGAACAGUCAUUGCACCACCUGUCAAUCAAUUAGGAGGKCAAGUUCGAUUCGUGGGGCAAGCUCCUCUUGGAUAUACUACAGCUCCACAUCAACCAGCAUGGCAACGGCCACCGCCACCUUAUAUGGCCRCMCCUUGGAGUCUKAAUAAUCACGYAUUGCCGGCUUCACAAGCUUCUUCAGUUCGCACUGAUAGUCCGUUGUCAAGGAGUGGUAGYGAUUCUCCMUCAGUUGGGGGGAAUUCGCCAACYAUCAGAGGAAUGAAUUCGCCUUUAUCUGGWGUUGGAAGAGUUAGUAAUCMRCCAUAURCUCCACCCAAAGACGAACGUCGCAYUUCUCAGACUUUUUCUCCGGUCAACGGUAUCGUUACUCCAUCGGGAUACUCCGUCGAGUAUAUUGUCCAAGYAAUCAUGUACAAUAUUCACUGUAGACAACAGAUGCUGUCGGAAGAAGAAAAGUUCCUCGUAGAGCUUUCUACUGAUAGRAAAUUUCCCAAAGAACUAUCAGAAAACUUUGUGAAGCAGAUACAAAUGAUGAAAAACGAGAAACAGCUCAACUCUAACCGUCUGUCAUUGCACGAUGUGGCCGCCAAACAGUURGGCGUCGACUGCACAAYCUCAGUGUCGGCUGCUAUGAAUCAAACUAAUGAAUUCUUCUCAGAGAAAAUGUUGGAAUCUCAAUUGAAAAGGUUGAGUUUAGAAUCCGAUGAAGAGAUCAAGCAGUUGUUGGCACAGGGUUCCUUGGACGAAAGUACACACAGUGAAGACUUUGAAGAUUCAGAUACGGAAGAGUGGUUCCUCGCUCGCCGAGAGGACRCACUUGUGAAGGAGUAUAUCAAAGCGUUCGAAUCCUUUGCCGAGGCGUUUUUUCAACGGAGUGAUUCAGCCCAGUCCUACCAAAACAUCUCGGCUGAAGAUUUCCGUAUGGGAUCUGAGCACUUGGAAUCCAAUUGGUCUUUGAAACCACGCAGGAAUGCCACAUACAUCGGGAAUGCCGUGCACCAAGAGUAUGAGAGUGAAGGUCGYGUGUUUGAUAAACUUUUGAAGAAUGAGUUAAUACUCUGUACUCUGGAAAUAACUGGUGUCAAUACUGCUGUUGGGAAGAUCGUCCCYUCUGAUAUCAAGGCUAUGUUGAUGGGGAGCAGUUUGGGUGACACGAGAAGCACCRURGAUCUUCCUAUCCAAGAUAUAACUAUUUCAACUCGGGUUGAAAUGAAUCGCGCUUUCCAUGGAGACAUCGUUGCAGUUGAAGUAAAGGACAAGAAAUCCAGCCGACCAUCUGGCAGGGUGGUGUAUAUCCUUAAGAGGGAUAACCCAAGAGAGUUUGUAUGUACCGUGGACGAUCAAGACUCUAAUGUAAUGAUCCCUGUGGAUAAAAACAAUCCAAACAUUUUUGUAAUGCAAAGCAGGGAGCAUCGAGACAUGAAAGGKGUGUCUGUGUUCUCAUUCAAAGAUGGCGAAGCUAAGUGCAGAGCUCUGGUGCCKUCUCAUCAAGCUAAAGGAUGUCUGUUUCURGUUACUGUGCUUGAAUGGGGAACCAACUAUCGCCUUCCUUUGGGAAUAGUAAGAAAGUUCCUUAAACAAGCCAAUGACAUAAGCUCUAUUUUACCUCUGCUGGCUGCAGAGCAUGGCAUCAGGGUGAACCAACCCGACGAAGUCAUCARUGAAGUCAGAAACACCUUUCCUGAUUCGUUCCAAGUUCCWGAAAGGGARUGGCUGUCRCGUGCCUAUCGCUAUAACAACGCMUUCACCAUGGACUGUGGUGACUCACCUGGACUGGAGCUAGAUGACGCCAUUAGUGUCGUCAAAGAAAAAGGAGGUAGCUUCUCGAUUGGCGUMCAUGUAUCUGAUGUCAGUUACUUCAUACGUAAAGAUUCUUGCAUCGAUCAAGCAGCCGCUAUGCAAGGCUCUUCACUWUAUCCACAACAACCCAGUGGUGGUGGCGGUGUUGKUGGACCUWUCACAAUGYUGCCUUCACGKCUCAGCCAAAACCUCUGCAGUUUAUUACCGCGACAAGACAGGCUAUGUGUGUCAGUUAUUUUCCGUCUCGAUCCAGACGGCAAUGUAAUCAAGCCGCCUGAUAUCCAUCGCAGUGUCGUCUCUUCUUGCUGUAGUCUUACCUUUAAAGAAUGCGACGACAUCCUUACAGGGAAGUCAUCCAGGAAACUUCCUGGAAAUAUCAAAGAAGAUCUACUCAUCUUAGAAAACCUGACUCGAAAGAUCGCCCUACGGCAGGUCCGGCUAGGGUGUGUAUCUGGUGCCAUGGAACUGAUCCAAAGUAAACAGUCCAAAGGAUCCCAGAUCAUUGAACAACUCAUGAUAAUGGCAAACGCCUCUGUSGCUCAAAGACUUCUUCUCUCUUCAAAGGCUAAAGGCCUCGCGUUGCUACGAAGACAGCUACCGCCCAAGUACCACCAAAGCGAAGAUUUGAUCAAGUGGUGUUCUGAUAACGGAGUUGUCCCAAAUGGGUCGCUAACACUACAGCAAAUACCCCGAAGCGAAGGUGUAGGAGUGACCAGCGAGGUGAAGGUUGAACUUUCUUGUCUUGGACACAUAUCGACUGCAGUUAAUGCCAAAGAUCUCACGCAGCUUACGGAAGCUUUGCUGAAGUGUGAUAACACUAGCGAGAGAUUAGAAGCACAUUCUCGUUUUUAUGGAAUCCAAGAACGAAGCCAGUACGUGGUUUCUGCUCAUUCUAUUGGUCCACAGCUAAAGCACUUUGCCUUAGGUCAAGAGUACUAUACACAUUUCACCUCCCCCCUAAGAAGAUACUUUGAUCUUGUUGUACAUCGGUGUCUGUUGGCUUUAAUCUAUGAUAAACCUUUUCCAUACACUCUGAAAGAGCUYCAAGACAUCUGUAUACAGUGCCAGAUAACCUCAGCCCGGGCAAAUGCUUUUGAGAAAAGGUGUACCUCAGUCAGUCAAGCGGAAUCCUUGUGCUCUUCGCAGCAGCUACGUGUUGCGAGCAUUGAGAAAGUUUCCAGUGAAAGAUUGACAUUGAAUUGCAAUAUGRAUGAUAACUGCAGGCCGUAUAAUCGAAAUAUUAAAGUUACAGAGCUUGGUGCCUCGAAGGUCAACGUUGAGAAUGAACAAGAACUCGUUAUGACGUGGAACAGAUGCGACGUGCAGUGCUCSUCAACUCCUUCACAAACAAACCAUUCAACUCCCCCAAGGGUACCCCCUGAGUCUGCCAGUAACAGCUACUAUGUCAAAGUCCCAGCUACCAGUUGGAUCGCAUUCAUUCAGGAAGUCACACGAGGGAAAUUCAAGAGGAUUAACAGACAGUGGAAUAAAGUGAAUUCUAGUUCGUUGGCUGUACACCCUAGUCCAUCUACACCCAAAACUGAUCCUAAAGAAGGGAAAUCCGGUGACAUAUAUACUACUCGUCUUACGACUGGUGGAAAACUGAACGUUCUUCUCGGGAGCGAGGUACGUCGAGGACUGCUGCAGCCUGUUAUCAAAGGAGUYCAGAUAUCGCCGUCGUUUUUCUCGUGUGCAAGCCAUCGUCAUAAUCCAGAGUCAGUGUUUUGCCCGACGCUAAGUACUUCAGCUGAGUUUUUGUAUCAAGACGUUGAGCACUACAAGACUGUGAUGCUGCCUUUAGUUCAAAUGGAAUCUGCGGCUGGUAGCAUUCAGUUGAACAGUACUUGCAUCCAGCUUUGUGGAGUUGAACUUUCAUGGAGGGUCUCUGGUCACUCAGUUURUGGAAGCUUCAAAAUCCGCAAAGCYCUUUGUGAAUCCCACAACGUGAAUCUCUCACCAGGCGAUUAUCUAUGCAUCCGYAAUGAGAAAUUCCCACCUCUACAAACCGCUAACAAAGAAACAAAGCCAUGCAUAGUAAUCCAUGGACGUGUCAGUCAACUCACAGAGCACUCAGAUCGAAUAUCCAUCUCUAUAGACAUCAYCGAGCCUGCGAACACAUUCUCAGCGGAUUUACUUCAAAAUCAUGCGCAAAAGUAUACCAUAGAAGUGAUCCCACAAUGCCGUCGUUACMAGAGCAUGUUUGAGGUUCUUSAGSGGYUAGGUGAAGCCCCUGAGAUCAUACGUUCUAUUGUGACGCAUCAYGAUCUGCCUGGGACYCCUGCAAGGCUCGAUAUACCGGUGUUGAUGCAUUUUCCUUUAGAUAUUGACCAGGUAGCGGCAGUCAAGUCGGCUCUGAAUUCCCCAUUCACAGUUAUMUACGGGCAACCAGGAACUGGUAAAACAUGGACAGCGGUAGCCAUCACGUGUCAUUUUAUCCAUCUCAACUGGCAAGCACGUGCUGGUCAGGUGAUGGUCUGCGCUCCAAAUAACAAAGCUCUUGACGUCAUAGCAAAAAUGCUUGUUAAGAUUCCUUCAGUGAAUGUCUUGCGUGUUUACUCCCACGACGACGAACUGCARCCCUCCGUUGUGAUAGACGAGUGUAAACCACUGGCCUUGCAUCUACGAGUGCGCAGGUCACAAAAUCCACAUUCCAACGCAUUGCGCAUGUGUCUUAAUGAAAUUCGGCAGCUGAGGCAAAGGCUGGAGCUUUGUGAAGCCGCUGACCGUGAUAGUCUUCAAAAGAAACUUUUGAGYAAGAARCAGAAAUUAACCGCCAUMUUAGAUGCUGCUGAAGGUCACGAGUUCACCAAGACUUCCGUYCACGUGAUCCUCUGCACAUGCGCAGAGUCCGGCUCUCCUCGUGUUCUCAAGUUCACCAAUAUUUCGCAGUGCAUUGUGGACGAAUGUAACACGUGCAUCGAUGCAGAAUUACUUGUGCCUUUAGUCCUUGGUGGUCAGCAGUGUCAGCACAUGGUGUUAAUUGGAGACCCCAAACAACUAGUUCCAGUCCUUUACAGUAAAACAGCGGCCAAGCAUGGAUUGAAUCGUUCUCUGUUUGAGGACUUGAUCGAUAAUCGCACUGGAAAGCAGUAUGAAUGUCGUUUGUUGAGAAUGCAGUUUCGAAUGCAUCCAAGUCUUCGAAGUCUCAGUUCCGAGCUAUUCUACACAGAUAACUAUAAACCAGUAUUUGACGCACACCAAGUGACCGACUCAGCUGUUUCCAUGGAAGGCCUGUGGCCAAACUCACAGGAAUAUCGUCACGUGUUUUGUCACGUGAGUGGUGAAGAAUGUGUCAAUCAAACCGACGAUUCUGACGCCGAUAGAUGGAAUUCUGAAGAAGUCCAGAAAGUCGUUGCUGUUGUGGAUCAUAUCAAGUCAUUGGGGUUUACAUCAGAGCACAUUUGUAUCAUCUCACCAUACAUGAACCAACGAAGAAGAAUAAAUGAUGCACUUGAUGAUCAAACAAUACAAAUCAUAUCACCAAUAGAAUCGCAAGGAAGUGAGCAUCAGUUUGUUGUGUUCUCAGCCGUCCGCUCCAGUGCAACAGGGCAUGCUGGGAAGAUUGGUUGCCUAGGUGACGUGCAUCAAUUAAAUGURAUAUUUACGAGASCUCGUCUUGGGCUGGUUAUUAUAGGCAAUAGAAAUUAUCUAAGCACUAUUUCUACAUGGAGAAGGCUUCUUUUGGAAUACGAAAAGUAUGAUUGCAUCGUGGAUGGCUCAGUUUGGCCGUGAGUAGACUGCGUACUACCGUGAAUAUUCAGUCUAUCGAAGCAUUUAUCUUUAUUAGUUCUUUAAUUUAAAAAAAAAUACUCGUUCGGGUGAUAGUAUUUCAAGGAUUUGGUCCACUCCUCAUUGAAUUAUAUUGGGGUUAUUAAAUCGWCAUCUCUUGGGGUAGAGAGACCAAAUUUACCGACUAAAUUAUGCUAAAUACCUAUUUAGGGUAAAUAUUAUGGGAUGUAUCUAGGGGUGCUGGGGAAACAUAUGCAUAUUUUAAAGGAUCAGUACAAGAAAUAUUAUUCUAAAGGGUAUUACAAAGAUAAAUUUACAGUCUCUGGAAGUAUUCGCACCGUAUAGAGGAUGAUUUUAGUGAUAUUAGAAAAAAGUACAAAAAAAUCAAAAACGUCAUACCUUAAAACGCAUUAAAAAAUACAAAAAAUUAAAAAAAUCAAAAAAAAUGGAGAAUUCACCGUUUCGGCUCUAGGGUUCACAUGUCAUGUCACGUGAUCAGGAAUGUAAACAUAACGCCAAAGUUCGGACAUUCUUGUAAGGCCAAGAUAGUCAUUUGUACGAACUCGCAAUGGUUACUACUAAAAGAUGUGCUUAUGGUAUAUGCAAAAACGAUUCUCGAUAUCCCAAACGAUGGAUAAGAAACGCAAGAAAUGAUCCUGUGAAGUUUUUUUAAUAUCACUUCCCCGGUUUAGGUCGAAAAAAUGAAAGGAGACAGCGCUGGAUAGCACAGCUUGUCAUCGUGGAGAUUCUUUCUUAUGAUGGCUUAUAUAUACAGAAUUCACUUUGUUGGUGGAAAUGGGCCAACAGAAGAAAACCCCGACCCAAUUUCUGCAGUAGCAAGUAAAGAAAAAGUAAGUUGAAGUAUAUUUUCCAUCAUUAAAUUCGCUUCACUUUCCGUAGGUCGUGCGUCUAAUAAUCGUAAUAAGCGAACGUUGUCUAGCGAUGAAGAACAACGUAAAAUAAAGCGGAAACUAUCUCUCAAGCAAACAGCAGCUAAGGCUUUCUUAAACUAGGGACAACAUCAUUAAAAUCAAAAGACGUGACAGAAAUUGCGGUUAAACAGAAACGUUGUUGAACAGCCGAGAGCUUCGUGUCCUUCGUCGACAACUAACCAGCAAUGAAAAGGACGAAAAGCAUUUGGAAGACGCUAUGAAUGAAUCUGCUAUAUUCCAUUCAAACAAACUGAUAGUCCUAAGUUUGAGUUCCAAAAGAAAUUCUAUUUAUACACUGUAGUAUGAAUUACGCUUCGAUACCGCUGUGUCGCCUUUUACCCCGAAACACUGACUCACUAUGUGUAAUAUUUAUGUUGCUCGAAACAGACUCGAGAUCUCGAGAGGGAUAGUUUCCUUGCUUUUAUUUAAAGUUAUUCUCUUUCUCUAGAAGAUUUUGUCUUACGAUUAAGACUCACGACRGCCUACGGGAAAGGAAACGCCGGAAUCUUCRCUUAAUCUUCAAGUUCUAAACGGUUAAAYAUGAUGGAAAAUAUACUUCAACUUACUUUUUCUUUACCAUGUUUACUUGCUACUGUAGAAAUUGGGUCUGGGUUUUCUUCUGUUGGACCAUUUCUACCAACAAAGUGAAUUCUGCAUAUAUAAGUUAACCRUCUUUCGUACAUAAGAAARAAUCCCCACGAUGACAAGCUGUGCUAUCCAGCGCUGUCUCCUUUCAUUUUGUUGACCUGAACCGGGGAWGUGAUAAAACUUCACAGGAUCAUUUCUUGCGUAUCUUAUCCAUCGUUCGGGAUAUCGAGAAUCAUUUUUGCAUGUGCCGUAAGCACAUCUUUUAGUAGUAACCAUUGCGAAUUCGUACAAAUGACUAUCGUGACCUUACAAGAAUGUCCGAACUUUGGCGUUUUGUUUACAUUCCAGAUCACGUGACAUGACAUGUGAACCCUAGAGCCGAAACGGUGAAUUGUACAGGAACAUAAAAUGAAAAAAGAAAACGAAAACAAAACAAAAAGAAUAAAAGGAAGUGUACUUAUGAAAAAUGCUGAUGUUGCGCUAAAAUGGCGAGGAAAAUUAUUACAAACAUUACAAAAC